CACGACAUCGCUACAGCGCGCACGCAAGAAAUAUCGCACGUAAAAAUCAUAGUGUUUAUUUACUGUUCUUACGACUAAAGUUAUAAUAAAUAAGUGUGAAAGAUGCCGACAAAAAAAUGUGCAAACUGUAAUAAAAAUAUAACUUUAAAGCAACCAGGUCUAGAGUGUAGUAGAUGUAACAAAUCAGUCCACGCGUCAACCGUUUGUGCAAAGUUAACCGGCAAGCAACUGGCUGCACUUCGUAACUCUGACGGUUUGGAAUGGAGCUGCGAUCACUGCCUCAGUAAUGUGUCUAGUCGUUCUUCCUUCUUCGUAACGCCAGACGAAAGCUCAGACGACGAGGAUGCCCGCUCCAGCUCGACCCUCGAUCAAAAAAAACUAGUGGCGAGUAUUACACGAGAAAUGCAAAAAAUCAUCAAGGCCGAACUCGGCGAUCUAACAACCGCAAUGGAACAUAUGAAUGGACAGAUGACCGAUCUCGAAGAAUUAGUAAAAAGGCAGGAAAAUACCAUCAAAACAUUACUUAACAAAAACACCGACCUAAUUAACAAAAAUAAAAAUCUAGAACUUCGGAUUGCGGCUGCUGAACAGCAUAUUAAUGAAAUUGAUCAAAAAUUGCUAGCCUGUACUAUUGAAAUUGCAGGAGUUCCAGAAGCUACCAAUCAAAAUCUAAAUAGUGUGUUGGAAAGUGUUGCCCAGAACCUACAAGUUAACAUAUGUGAUGUACUAUCAUCCCGCCGCAUGCCAAAACCCCAGAAUCGUCCCCAACCAGGAAACAUCAUCGUGGAGGUCAAAUCAAAUGUGGUGCGUAAUCAAUGGCUUGCAUCAGCUAAACAAAAAGAAAUCACGGUUGGUGAUAUCUUGCCCCGAUUGCCCUCAGAUCAAGCGACACGUCGUGUGUUUGUCCGCGAAGCAUUAACCCACCGUACAAAAACCCUCCUCUACAAUGCUCAACAAAAAUUAAAAGACAGUUACAAGUUUGUGUGGUGCAAGGCUGGUGUUGUGUACGCUAAAAAACUUGAUGAUAAAAGUCGGCCAUUUAUAAUAAGAUCUUUGUCCGAUAUAGAAUCCUUGUUAUCUAAGUAAGUAGGUAAUACAUUGUGUCAUAUUACCUAUAUAUCUUGUAUUCUACAUCUAAUAUUAAUAAGUAAUAGGUAUAACAAAUAAAGCCUUAAUUUUUAAAAUUUCUUUUUCAAGCAUUAAUGGCCAAAAUAAAUACAUAUAAUCACUGUUUAGAAAUAUUUGAUUGUACAACAGUCAAUUCAUUUAUUAAUUGUGUACCCUUUAACCAAAUAAAUUUUUUAUGCUUGCAUGUGAAUAUCAGAUCUUUAAUAAAGAAUUAUUCUAAACUACUAGUACUCAUAAAUUCUUGUAAGUGUCCGAUUGAUGUUAUUGUUUUAACAGAAGUAGGUAUCUCUCAUUCAAUUUGUAAUUUAUAUAACAUACCUGGUUAUAAAAUGCACACUGAGCUACGAUCCAAACAAAAAGGAGGUGGAAUAAUAGUUUAUGUUAAAACUUAUCUUAAAUUUACUACAAUACCCAUCAAAAAUACUAGCUUUGAAUCAAUUAUUGGUACUUUAAUUACAGCCGAUAACUACUCCGUAACACUAUGUGCAUUUUAUAGACCACCUCAAACAAAUAAGAACACUUUUGUGAACGAGCUAUCUAAUGUAUUAGAUAACAUUAAGACAUCCAAUGUAAUCAUACUCGGGGACGCAAAUAUAGACUUAAAAUCAUACACUGCUAUUAAAAGCACUUAUUUUGAUAUGUUGUCCGAGCACGGAUUCUCAAUGGGAAUUUCAGAUUAUACUCGAAUCGAAAUGAAGUUAGACAAAAUAACAAAGUCUUGUAUCGACCAUUUAUUUACACGAUUAACCACUAUGAAUCCGUGCACGGCCGUGGUCGAUACCGUUCUGGCAGAUCACCGAGUUCUUUUGUUAGCUUGUGAAAGUAUUCGUACGCAUCUUAUACAGCGUGAUUCCAUAAUUUGUAAUAAAAUGUUUUAUGAUAGUAAAAUAUUAUUUGAGGAACUAAAUAACAUAGAUUGGUCUGUAACAAAAAAUAUGUCCUGCCCUACAAACAUUUACAAUUUUAUUCGAUCCAACUUUAAAUCUGCUUAUGAUAAAUCUUGUAAAUAUAAAAAACAAAUUAAUAUCAAAAAAGUUAAACAACCGUGGAUUAAACAAUAUAUGAUAAAAAUGUGCGAUGAACGCGAUAAAUUAUUUAAUAAAUGGAAAAAAGACACAUCAAAUAAAUGCCUCAGAGUAAAAUAUAAUAAAAUCCGCAAUAAAAUUAAUAAAAUAUUUGAAAUUAAACGAAAUAAAUAUUAUGAAAACGAAAUAAAAAUGAAUACAAAAAAUCCCCGCAAACUCUGGCAAAUCAUAAAUUCAAUAUGUGGUAGGGCUGCUCUGUCAAUUGAUGAAUUUAUUACCAAUGCUUUUGAUACAGAAAAAGAGACGUGCGCUGUCAUCGCCAAUAAAUUUGCGAAUGAAUUCAGAAAUGCAGUUAAAAAAAUUUUACCUUCCUGUCCGAAUAAUCUUCUAUAUGAUAAACAUUACAUCAGACCAACCAACGUUAGCUUCUAUUUUAAAAAAGCCAACCCUAAAACUAUAAAAAAGAUUAUUUUGAAUCUUAAUAGCCGAAAGGCGCCUGGUAGCGAUGGCAUUAGAGUAAUAGACGUUAAAAGUAUCUCAAGUAAAAUAGCAACUGCCAUUUCACAUCUUAUCAACACUAGUUUUCUGUCAGGAAUAUAUCCUAAUGAGUUGAAGCAAAGCUGCGUUCGUCCUAUAUAUAAAAAAGGAAAACAAGCCGACGUAACCAACUAUCGACCAAUAUCCCUUUUGUCGUCUAUAGAUAAAAUCAUUGAGAAAUUUAUAAGUGAUCAAAUACACUUGUUCUAUUCUAAAAAUAACGUAAUCUGUAAUAAUCAAUAUGGUUUUCAACCACGUAAAAGCACCACUUCUCUUCUUUCAGAUUUUUCGGACACCGUGAACAUUCACCUGGAUAACAAAAAACAUGUUUUAGCUCUUUUCAUAGACUUUUCUAGGGCUUUUGACACCUUAAAUCAUAAGUGCCUUAUGACAAAGUUAGAGUCCUCUGGGAUCAGGGGUCCUAUGUUAAAAUGGUGCGAAAACUACGUCAAUGAUCGAUCUUUCUACGUAAAAAUCGACGAUUCUGUGAGUCGUGUGUUACCUGUCACUGAAGGAACAGCCCAAGGGUCAGUAAUCGGUCCCCUCCAUUUUAUCACUUACGUAAAUGACAUGAAUAACGUUCUUAAGCACUGCACUUCCUACCAAUAUGCGGAUGAUACUUGUUUGCUAGUUGCAAAUCAUAAUGUUGAAAAUGCGCUUGUUAAUCUACAACAGGAUUUUGAUCGUAUAAAUAAAUGGUGCCACGAUAA